CAGUGAAAAUAUGCUCAGUGCAGCCGAGUGCAUGAAUGAAAAAGCCUCUGGUACCUUCUAGUCUGGCAAAAUGCAGCACAAAACUCAACUUGCUCUGUCCUUUCUGCUGUCCCAGGUUCUGCUGCUUGCAUGUGCAGAAGAUUUAGAAUGUGUCCCUGGAUUCCAGCAAAAGGUUUUUUAUAUUGAGGAGCCAUUUGAAUUCACAGAGGACCAGCCAGUUCUGAACCUGGAAUUUGAUGACUGCAAGGGGAAUAACAAACUGAACUUCGAAGUUUCUAACCCGGACUUUAAGGUGGAACGUGACGGGUCGCUAGUUGCGCUAAAGAAUCUCUCAGAAGCUGGCAGAGCCUUGUUUGUACAUGCACGGUCUGAGCAUGCUGAGGAUAUGGCAGAAAUUUUGAUUGUUGGAGCAAAUGAAAGACAUGGUGCAUUAAAGGAAAUAUUUAAGAUAGAAGGCAACCUUGGAAUUCCAAGACAAAAAAGGGCUAUUUUGGCAAGUCCAAUAUUAAUUCCUGAAAAUCAAAGACCACCAUUCCCCAGAUCCGUUGGCAAGGUCAUCAGCAGUGAGGGGGCAGAGGGAGCAAAGUUUCGCCUCUCUGGUAAGGGAGUAGACCAAGAGCCAAGGGGAAUCUUUAAAAUCAAUGAGAUCACUGGGGAUGUCUCUGUGACCCGAACCCUUGAUCGAGAAGCAAUUGCCAAUUACGAGCUUGAAGUUGAGGUCACAGAUAUAAGUGGGAAAACCAUCGAUGGUCCUGUCCGCCUGGAUGUUUCUGUUAUUGAUCAAAAUGACAACAGGCCGAUGUUCAAAGAAGGACCCUAUGUUGGCCAUGUUAUGGAGGGGUCUCCUACAGGAACGACUGUGAUGCGUAUGACAGCAUUCGAUGCUGACGACUCCAGUACAGACAAUGCUCUUCUGCGGUACAACAUCCUCAAACAAACACCUACCAAACCAUCACCUAACAUGUUCUACAUUGAUCCAGAAAAGGGAGAUAUUGUUACAGUCGUGUCACCUGUGCUGCUGGAUCGUGAGACCAUGGAAACCCCAAAAUAUGAGCUCAUUAUAGAAGCUAAGGAUAUGGGUGGUCUUGAUGUGGGACUAACUGGUACAGCAACUGCCACUAUUCUUAUCGAUGACAAAAAUGACCACCCACCAGAAUUUACCAAGAAGGAGUUUCAAGCCACAGUAAAGGAGGGAGUCACAGGUGUAAUAGUAAACUUAACUGUUGGUGACCGAGAUGACCCAGCAACUGGAGCGUGGAGAGCUGUCUACACCAUUAUUAAUGGAAAUCCAGGGCAGAGUUUUGAAAUCCAUACCAAUCCUCAGACUAAUGAGGGAAUGCUCUCUGUUGUCAAACCUUUAGACUAUGAGAUUUCGGCGUUUCACACACUGCUGAUCAAAGUGGAAAAUGAAGACCCGCUGAUUCCAGACAUAGCCUAUGGCCCCAGUUCCACAGCGACUGUUCAGAUCACUGUUGAGGAUGUAAACGAAGGCCCAGUUUUCCACCCCAACCCGAUGACAGUGACAAAACAGGAAAACGUCCCUAUUGGCAGUGUUGUGUUAACAGUAAACGCCACUGAUCCAGACACUUUGCAACACCAGACUAUCAGGUACUCAGUUUACAAGGACCCAGCAAGUUGGCUAGAAAUUAACCCUACUAAUGGUACCAUUAGCACCACUGCAAUCCUGGAUCGGGAAUCCCCUCACGUUCAGAACAAUGUCUACACUGCUCUCUUCUUGGCAAUAGACAGCGGCAACCCUCCUGCCACAGGUACGGGAACUUUACACAUCACCUUGGAAGAUGUCAAUGACAAUGUCCCAUCCCUUUAUCCCACACUGGCGAAAGUCUGUGAUGAUGCAAAAGAUCUCAGGGUAGUGAUACUAGGAGCAUCAGACAAAGACCUCCAUCCCAACACAGACCCAUUCAAAUUUGAACUGAGUAAGCAAUCUGGUCCAGAAAAACUGUGGAGAAUCACCAAGCUUAACAAUACUCAUGCCCAGGUCAUCCUGCUUCAAAACCUGAAAAAAGCCAAUUACAACAUCCCCAUCUCAGUGACAGAUUCUGGGAAACCACCUCUGACUAACAUCACAGAACUGAAAUUACAAGUGUGUUCCUGCAAGAAAUCCAAAAUGGACUGCAGUGCAAGUGAUGCCCUUCAUAUCAGCAUGACCCUCAUCCUUCUUUCACUCUUCAGUUUAUUUUGUCUGUAAGAACUCCUGACAUUUGAAGCUGUCCUACCGAGUUGCCAUGGCAACGAGAGAAAAGAAACCGUCAGCUCUGAAGAUUGCAGUUUACAGUUACUGUUCUUCACUACUAGGCCUCAGUUGCUCCAGAUUCAGUUUAAUUUGCAACCUCACUUACUCUGUCCGACUCUCCAUUGGUGUUUGACAGCCUCUGCCCUAACGCCCGUCCAUUACUGGAUUCCUCUUGCAAGACGCAAGAUUUACGUGCGUUUUCUCUGAAUGUUAACAGACCAUGACUUCCAAACUGGACCCUGGGGGCACACAAAACAGAUUGACUCCACUCUUUUUCUAUCUGUUGACUUGUUGCUAUUCAACUGUUCAGAAAAUAUUUUGUCUGUGGGUUAGUAUUUGUAUAUGUAUGAGUGUAUGUAUAUAUAUAUUUAUAUAGAGAGAAGAGUUAUAUGGAGGUUUAGCUUUUAUAACGUAUUCAUCUGGAGCGUACAAGGGACAAGGCAGAGCAAUACAGCCACAGAUGAAUUGCAACUACUCUGCCAUGGCUAAACCUACUGUCUUGCUGUUGGUAGUGUGGCCAGGAGGAGAGAGCCACUGGCAAUCGUGCUGCUCCAACAGCCGCUUUGUGGACACAGACAAAGCAGGCCCAGGGCUCUGCACUGUCUUGUACCUCAGGUUCAGUGAACAAGAAAUGCAAGUCUCCCUGGCUUGUUGCUGAGCUGAGCUGCUCUCCCUGUGCCCCAAGGGAAAUUCACAGUCCAGCAGGAGCAGAGCACUUGGCUCCCAUUCCAGUGGAAGCUGCACUUGGAAGUGCUGCAAGCUGAUCUGUGAGGCCACCUGUGACUAGCACCCUAUGGGUCACGAUUCACAGCUGUGGGAGCCCUGGGCCUGAUUGUAAAGGGGCUAAAGUCAGCUCCCUCUGUGUUCCUGCAGGUAGCUCUUCUCGGGGCAGCCUAAAAAAACUGAAGCCCUGCAGACACAGUUAAGUGAGUGGAUGUCUGCAGAUGGGGAGCUGAUGGGAACAGCAAAGGCAAAGCCCACCUCAGAAGCACUGGUCUCUCUCUCAGCCCCUGUGCAGCUAUCAGUACAAACCUCUGCGCAAGGAGGAAAACAGAAGCCCUGUUCUAUAAAUACAAUCACACACAUGAGUAUAUAUAUAUAUGUAUACAUACACACAUACACAUGUACACACAGUUUCCAGUUAAGAGUAACACGAGCAUUUCUUUGUGUGUGUAAACUUACCACACUUGUUUGCAGACAUGGAAAAAAGGGUGUUCGUUAUAGAUGAAUAUGAAUCCUUUUUUAUUCUGUGAGCAUGUAAGGUCAGAAAAGAAAAAACAAACAACCUUCUAACUGUAUCAAGAUGAUCAUCUUGUUAAUAAACUGUAAAUGAUCCAUCAAAGCUCACACCAAAUUUUUAUAAAACGAAAACAAAGAGUAUACUAGUGACAGACUGUGGCUUUUAUUAGAGCUUGCCAGUAACUAGGGUAAGGUAAGUGUCUUAGAAUAUUUUAAUAAACUUGCUUAUUUAAAGUUUAAACAAGAAAGCUUCCUUAUGCAAUAGAACUUUGCAGCUGCAUUCUUUAGUUAGCAUUUUUACAGUACCUACAAGUCAUACUGUAUGUUGUCUUUACUACAGUGAGAUUAUGAGCAUAUCUUCCACACCACGUAUAUGUUUCAAUAGUAAAGCUUUUUGGAAGCAUUAAAAAGUCCAAACAUACAUUUACUUUGCCAUAAUGCUUCACUAGAUAUUAAAUGUGUGCUGGUGGUUAAAAAUUGCUGUACAAUAGCUUUUCUCUGACUUCCUGUAUUGUACCAAAUAUGAAACUGGUCUCUCUUUUUUUUGUUUUAAAUUGUUAAUUCAAUCAACAGGAGUAAUAACAACAGCAACAGAGGACAAAUUAGUUUGUGUUGCAAAUUUCCCUGAUGUUGUAGAUGUCUUCAGAAGAUAGAAACUGCCUUCACACAAACCUAUUUUUCUAUUCCAACUUAACUCCUGCAGUCCUGACCAAGCAGCAUCUGCCCCGCUCUUGUUUCCCUUGUGGCACGCUCUAGGUUCCAACUGCCACGGCAGUACCUCGGGGCCAGUAGCAGUCUCUGUCCAGCAAGGGCUGCAGGAGUGGGCCAUUAGGCAGCUGCAGGUGUUUCAGCAGGAAAGUGCCUGAUCUCAAACAUUAACAUGGACAUGCUUCUAGGUCUCUUUCUCUGCCUAUGCCUUGUAAUAAUCAUGCACUGCUGCCUUGUCAUCAACAAUCAUGUAUUUAAGAAAAAUUAUAUAUAUAUCUAUAUAUAUAAAAAUGUCAGGUAAUUUUUUCAAAAGGAAAAAUAUUCACCUAAUGCAUAGCACCCUGGAUUUUCAACAUGUAUACUUACUGAAUGCAUCCACAUGCACACAAAGAUAAACUCCACCCUAUGCUUUGACCUACAAAACCUCUAUCUUGAAUAAAAGAAAUCCUAAUACCCUCCUCCACAAAUACUCUCUUUCUGCUUGCUUGCUUCCUCUCCACCCAGUAAAACCCACCUCUGGAUUGAUACCAAUUGACAGUAGUGUCAUUUCUACCAAGUACCAGAAGAAGCUACCCCUUUCUUGUUCAAAACGAGGCUCAUGUAGAAUGUGAUGGAUCAUUCCAAAGGCAUCCAAAAUGAAGAACAAAGGAAAAUGUCAUCUGCCUGGAACCACAGUAACAAUGAGAAGAUUCUUUCUACCACUUUGUACCCAAAGACAAGAGAUCUUUCUUCUUGGGUAAUACUGCAACCUUUUGACACAUAGAGAGUUCAGUACCAUGGCCUUCAUUCACCAUUACUACUUUAUUUCUGCACCUAGAUAAAAGCCUCUCAACCUCUACCAUGUGCCUCUAGACCUGAGAUGGAGCUAAUCAUUGGAGAACCUAAGCACACACAGAGAAGGUGAAGCUGCCAUGUUAUUGUUUCUUCCUCUCUAUGACAGAGAGAACAAAGCCCAUUUAACAUGAGAUUGUGGCACUUUCUGUAGUGUUAUACAAGUGACAAGCCAUGUUAGAGUCUGAAUUUUCCUACCUGAAUAAGCUUGUCUUCUCUAGCUCAAAAAUGAUCCUCAUUUCCUGAAACAAAAGAGCAACAAUAAUUUAUUAGUUUUCCUGCAGUAUCAUAACAAAUAAAAAAAAGUAGAGACGAUACAAAAUUGAUGCUCAGUGUUCAUUCAGCUAAGCUUACUGGUUUUAUAACAUAGCACUUAUUUCUGCCUAGCUAUUUUAGCCACUACAACCUUAUCUCAAGACUAUAUUUGUUGACAUAUAAGGCUGCCUAGAGUCAGAAAGGUGGGGAACUUAUUGAUUGUCAUUUUAUAACAUGCACAAAACUUCUUGUGUGAAAAGCCAUUUCACUUGAAAUGAGCAUCUGCUGUUAAAGUACAGAUUUGGUAUAACAAUCAGUGAGAGGAGUUUAUUAGCAAGACGAAGGUCUCAUUUGUGGUGCACUUGCUAACUCAACCCCUUUCUGUACACCUCAUACAUGUGCUUUCACAAUAUACUUCUGUGCAGUUGUUAAUGUACGUUUCAUUCAGUAACUGUAGGUCUGGAGAUUAAAACAAAGGGACACAAGCUGAAUUUCCUACUGGGUACUGAGGAAAAUGAGGUAAGAGUGGAACACUGGCUAAUACACUUUCUGAGCCCUGUUCUCAUCAUGUUUACACUGGUGUAAAUCAAAGAGCAACUCCAUUACUAGAACUGGUUGAGAUUCAGUUAAUCAUAUCUAGAUUAAAUUUUUCAUCCAAACCUCCUCUCAUAUUGCUUUUAUUGGUCUGCUGUAGAGCAAUAUUUGUCAUGGGAUCAGCGAGUGCUUAUAUAUUAUCAAAGUCUGUCUUUUUAUGAUGUACAGAGAAACCUACAGCUCAGAUACCUCCCAGAGAUGACUCACUUCCUUCACUGACCACGUUAACGGGUCUCUAAGGCACCCAACACAAUUUGGUUUAGCCCAAAAUGUCUGUGGCCUCUGGUCAAAUAAUUCGUCCUGGUCUCUUGUGUAGUCAUUUAAGUUAGAGAUCACUAUAGUACAAACCUCAUUUAUUAAAGACUUCCAAAUCAGUUUGUGAGGCCCUAGCUUGAAUGUUUUAUCACUACAAAAAGACAGACAUAUGUUGUAUUAGCAACUUCUACACUGCUGGCCUUUCUUUUGCAAAGACCUCCUGUCUGGAAUACCAAGAAAGCUGCCAGUUUUCUUCUCCAUUGUUCUUGAUACACUCAGCCCCUUGAAGCAACAGGAUUUUGUACACAAAUAACUUUACAGCACUGUUUGUCUAAAGGCUGUUUCUUUCUGCAUGGGUUUAAUAAUAUCUUAUUUAAUUAAAACAAACAACCACAAGAUAAAUUAUAUUGCAGUCACACCAACUAGAGAACAUCAAAUCCUGAGCUUGUCUUCCCUAGAAACUCUGUUGUCUGAUACACUGCCCAAUGCUAACAAAAUAUAGAUAACCAAAUUGGAAAGUUCUCUUUCAAGUGACUCUGUGAUCUAUAAUCUUUAGCAUGAACGUGCAAAGUAUCUUAGUAAUUAUCAUCGCAGCUAUCCUGUUUAAAGCCAUUUUACUGUGUAAAAAACCACAACCCAUUGACUGCACCAAUCUCCUGCCUCACAUCAAGACAAGCUGGUGGAUUUAUUUGUCCGGAUGAAAGGGAUACACUCAGUGGAAAGUAACUAGUUGCACAAUUGCUAUGUGUGUGUAUAUAUGUAGAUAUAUAGAGAUAUACACAUACACAUAUAAAAAUAUAUAUAUAAAAAAAUAAAUAUAUGCAGAUAGAGGAAGACUAAUACAACACAAGGACUUGGGAUAAGCAGUUUAAUUCCAUGAAUUAUGGAUGAACACGAGUUAAGGGACAAGCACAGCCAAGCAUCUGCCAAACCAGUCUGGUUUAAAGAAAAAAGGGGAAAAGACCCACAGACUAAGUGCCAGACAUAUCCCAGCUCUCAUGUUGCAUUUAUGUUACCUUUAGCUGUCCCCUCUUAACACAAUCACAUCACUUGAAGAUAUGUGUAAUUGUCUACUGACUCAUUUUCAGUUGUCCAUGCAUCAGUAGGUCACCAGUAGCGGAAAGGGAAGAGUUUAUAGCCAAAAUUCUGCAUUACUGUGCUUUCAGUAGGACAGCUAUAUGGGAAAGUUUCAUCCACCCCUUGAACAUCACACAUCUCCUCUGCACCAGCAAAUGGCUGUGUUUGAUGGAUGGGGUGAAAACAUAGUCCUAAGACAGACUGUGUGUCCCGGCACACACACCCUGCCUGGGGCUGCAGAGCAAGGGCUUGUCUGGGAAACUUGGGGGCAAAUUCAGUAUGAACAAGCUGUGUUGUUACUGCCAUUUCAGACAGAAUCCUCCUGUCAAAUCAUAUUUGCCCCAUAACAAACGCUGUCUCUAAGUUACCACCAAGAUAUUUUUUAAAUGAUUUUCUUUCUUAUUUUUAAAGUUCAAGUAAGGAGGAAAAUAUUUUGUUUGGUUUUAAAGAUAUUUAAUUCAGCUACUUUUCCAGUUAAUUGUUCCUUUGGACCCUAGUUGCUGAAUUGCUUGCUGUUUCUGAGGUGUAAAUAAACGUUUUGAUUUAUGACGUGGUUGCAAAGAAACUUGUAAUUUAUUUGUGAAAUGCUCCAAUAAAGGAUCUAUGGGCUUUUA